UGACAGAUGACAUAAUUUUUGCAAUACAGAUGAUUGAUAUUCAACCAUCAUUACCCACAUUGUUGAUUUUUGUUUGGUAUCGUGCACAGUUUGACGCUUUUUGUGGUUUUUUCAUGAAAUGGAAGCUGAAUCUCCACCGAAAAUAGACAACAGAUUGUAUUUACGUUUACCUGUGAAAAUAUUAGACCAGCACCAAAUUUUGGAACUUCAUCCUAAAAUUAUCAGAGUUUAUUUGCCCAGGCAGAAAACCCGCCGUUGGUGCACAGUUGAAUUUGCAACCAAAUCUGAUAAAGACGAAGCACGCCGAACACUAAAAAAACUUAAAAUAAAUAAUAAGAAAAUUAAGAUAUCUAAUUUUAAAGUCAAAGAAGCUGGGAGCCAAAAACCUGUAAAGGAUUUAAAAGAAUUAUUAUAACUUUAUCAAUAUUCAAUAGUUUGUAAUAUAAUUCUUAACUAUGAGGGACUUUAUCGGAAAUCCCUUCGAAACGGAAUUCGAGAAUGAUGCUGAGGAAGAUGAACUGGAAAUGAUUGAUGGGAACAGACUACUUGAAACAAUUCCAAACCUAUUUGGCCCAAGUCCUAAUGAUUCUUUUGAAAGUGAAGGUGAUAAUUUUAAUCAAACAGAUAAUGAUGAUGAUGAUGAUGAUCAGCUUGAUGAGCAUGAUGAAUAUCUCCCUGAUGAAGAUGAUAUCGAGGAAGACCAUUAUGACUUUGAUGAAAAUAGCGAUCCAGAUUUUGAUUAUGAAGAAACCGUAGACUUGGACAGUGAUUUAAGUUACAUGGUCGAAUCGGAUAUCGACAGUGAAAAUUCGGACUAUUUCACGUUUCCAGAUACAGAUUUGAAUCCAGAAGCACGUCUGAUACCACUUCAUUUUAAGCCAAUAUGUGAACAAGCCUCGACCUCUGACAAUCCAGAAACAAAUACGUUACAUAAUAUAAUUGAAGAAAGUGAACAAGAGUUUAGAAACGAGUAGUAUUUUUUUGGUAGUUAUAUAACAUGAAACAAAUACAUUCUAUGUACAGCCUUGUUUAAAAAUAAACGUAAUUUAAUUUUGUUGCCA